GCGAGGCCUCGGGGCGGGGCGCGAUGGCGGAGCCCGGGUGAGCGCGGGUUUACUGUCCAAGAGGAUUUAUACCUUGCUUAAAAAGAUGCCUGCUGCCUGUGAGUCAGUGCUUGAGGAUAUUGAAGACAUCGUGUCAGCAGAAGAUGUGAAGCCCCACGAUCGGCAGUUUGUGAGAAGGAAUGUUUUUCCCAAGGUGCGAAAACGCAACUCCCAGAAAAACGCUCAGACGGAUGAUGAGCCCCCAAGUGACAGCAUUAUUCCUGGUGUUCAGAAAAUCUGGAUUCGUACAUGGGGAUGUUCUCACAAUAAUUCGGAUGGUGAAUACAUGGCUGGACAGCUGGCUGCAUAUGGAUACAAAAUUACAGACAACUCUGCUGAAGCAGAUUUAUGGUUGCUGAACAGUUGCACAGUAAAAAAUCCUGCUGAAGACCACUUCAGAAACUCCAUCAAGAAAGCUCAAGAAGGGAAGAAGAAAGUUGUUCUAGCAGGCUGCGUGCCACAAGCCCAACCUCGCCAGGAGUACCUGAAAGGCUUGAGUAUUAUAGGGGUUCAGCAGAUAGAUCGUGUAGUAGAAGUUGUGGAGGAAACUAUUAAAGGUCAUUCUGUGAGACUCCUGGGUCAGAAAAAGGAUAAUGGAAAACGUUUGGGGGGAGCACGACUGGACUUGCCAAAGAUUAGGAAGAAUCCACUGAUAGAAAUAAUUUCCAUCAAUACAGGGUGUCUCAAUGCAUGUACCUACUGUAAAACCAAGCAUGCCAGAGGAGAUCUAGCAAGUUAUCCUAUUGAAGAACUGGUGGACAGAGCCAAGCAGUCUUUUCAAGAGGGUGUUUGUGAGAUAUGGCUGACCAGUGAAGACACAGGGGCUUAUGGCAGAGACAUUGGCACAGAUCUCCCCACGCUUCUGUGGAAGCUGGUUGAAGUUAUUCCUGAGGGAGCUAUGCUGAGGCUUGGCAUGACAAACCCUCCCUAUAUUUUGGAGCAUCUGGAGGAAAUGGCCAAGAUUCUCAAUCAUCCAAGAGUAUAUGCUUUUCUGCACAUACCAGUCCAGUCAGCCUCUGACAGUGUGCUCAUGGACAUGAAAAGAGAAUACUGUGUGGCAGACUUCAAACAAGUAGUGGAUUUCCUUAAAGAAAAAGUGCCUGGAAUAACAAUUGCUACAGACAUCAUUUGUGGUUUUCCAGGAGAGACAGAUGAAGAUUUUCAAGAAACUAUGAAACUUGUAGAACUGUACAGGUUUCCAAGCUUGUUUAUUAAUCAGUUCUACCCACGUCCAGGAACCCCAGCUGCAAAAAUGCCUCAAGUUCCAGCUGCAGUGAAAAAACAGAGAACAAAGGAUCUGUCCCAGCUGUUUCAUUCAUACAAUCCAUAUGAUCAUAAGAUUGGUGAGAGGCAGAGAGUUCUGGUAACAGAAGAAUCCUUUGACUCCAAUUACUACGUUGCUCACAAUCCUUUCUAUGAGCAGGUUCUUGUGCCAAAGGAUCCUCUGUUAAUGGGUAAGAUGGUAGAAGUGAAUAUUUAUGAAGCUGGGAAACAUUUUAUGAAGGGGCAGCCAGUAUCAGAUGCCAGAGUUCAUACUGCAUCCAUCAGCAGACCAUUAGCAAAAGGAGAAGUUUCUGGUUUAACAGAGGAGUUCCGACGUUCAGCACAGAAUGGCACAGACUGGAAAGCACAGCCUUGUGCAGAGAUCCCAGUGAAGGCACAGCUCAGCUCCUGGACGGCUUUGCAGCUGCCAUGGCAACAAGAGGGAGGAGGACUGAAGAUCCUGUCUGUCAGCCUGGCUCUGCUGGCAGUUCUUGUUAUGUUUUACUACGGAGGAAUGAAAACAGAACUGUGAACUGAAUGGGGCUUUUAUGAAAACAAUGAAACUGCUGUUCAAAAUCUUCAAAGGAAACACUUUUACCAACAAAUAUAUUUUUUUUUUAUUUUAGAAAAAAAAAAGCUAAUAUGAAUUGGGCAAUAAUUUGUACUCGCUCUAUGCCUUUCCUGUCAUUCAAAGGAGAGAAGGUUAGUAAGCUGUGGGAAGGCCUAUCUUGCCAAAACCUGAGAUCUUUGGUUGGUAGAACAGGUUGUUGCAUAUUUCCUUUCCUUUUUUUUCCUAAAAUGAUGCAAUAUUUGCAUUACAUACUCUUUUCAUAAUUGCUGUAUCAGGUAAAAUUGCAUUAAGUUUAUAAGGAAUCUUUCCAUUGUGUGAUAUUGGUCAUCUUUUAUGGGUAGAUUAUUUAAAGCUUUCCUAAAGAUUUUGCUUGAUGCAGUGUGAUCAUUUGGUAUGUCUUUUUACAUUAGAAUGAACACUGCAAGCCCAUUAAAGUUUGUUAUUUGUUGCUAUUUAAUUUGCUGUCAUGUCUGAAAGAAUUCUUGCCUGCUAUCUUUCAUCUCUCGACUUCACAAUGAAUUAUUAGUCUUUUUUAAUACAGGAAUAAUAAUUUUUUAUGUAGAAAUAGUUCUAAAGGUGUUGGAUUUUUAUAAUUGAAUGGGAAGAUGUUAUUCUGUUGAUUGAGUUCUGUUAAAAGAUGGAUUUAAUACAGUCUGUAGAUUUUACAUAAUCUUUAGAGAACUACCUGGGAAUCUCUUAGCUUUGCACUGGCUCAGUAAAACAAUUAUUACUCUGUGGGUGAGGAGGUUGCAUUUUACACAAUGAAAAUUUAUAAUUACUUUCUUCAGCCAUUGUGUCAUGGCAGGAUCUCCAGACAUCCUGUGAGUGUGCUGGUGAGUCAGGGACUGGACUGUGUGCCCAGUUCUUCCAGCACCUCACCUCAUGAUAUUGUUGGUUUGUUCAUGCCUUGUCACCUUUCUGAAUCUUCAUCCAAAUUUCCACUUGCAGAGACUGUUUAAAAUCAUAACACAGGCACUGUUGAGGGUUUUUUUAAUGUUUGUGUCACAUCCAGAUGGAGCUGAGCUGUCAUGUUUACAUGGCUGUUGUGGUUUAACCCCAGCAGGCAGCUAAGAUCCUCGCUCAGCCCCCUGCAGUGGGGUGGGGGCAAGAAUCAGAAGGGUAAAAGUGAUAAAACUUAGGGGUUGAGGUAAAGACACUUAAAUAGGUAAAGCAAAAGCUGCACAUGCAAGCAAGGCAAACCAAGGAAAUAAAUCAUUCAUUACUUUGACAGGCAGGUGCCCGGCCAUUCCCAGAAAUGCAGAAGAGGCCUUGACUCUGUGUGAGCCCUCCUCAGCAGCAGAAAUCCAAAACAUAGCCCCAUACCAGUUGCCGUGAAGAAAAUUAACUCUAUCCCAGCCAAAACCAGUACAUUGUCUCUACAGUGCAGAGGAAUAAUCCCCUAGUAAGAGUGCUUUGUACCUUAUAAAUUGGGGAUCCGUAAUAGUUACAGACAAUUAACCAGGAAGCUCCACCAUGAUGCUUUCAGCACAGCCUGUAAAUUAUAACAACAGAUGUAAGUGUCUUCAGGAAAUCAGAUAUGUGAUCACUUGAAUAUUAUAUUUCUUAUAGCAACCACUGAAGGUCAUAAGCCAAGACUCAAAAUCCAUGAGUUUUAAAAUAAAAUAAAACAAAAAACAACCCAUGCCUUUAAUUUGCUUCUGUUUAUUGGGGUGCUUUUUUUGUCAGGCUUUUCUGUACAACAAGGAAUAUAUAACAAUCAGUAAUUUACUUUUUUAACAAAUCUGAAAAAUUCUCUGAAAAAAAAAAUGCACCAACAUGACUCUGGGAGUUGAAAUUUUUGGGAAAAUACCACAGAUUGCAAGAUUCUCAGGAAAACUGUGCAUUGACAAAAUCAUCAUAUCCCAGCCAAAUUUUCGCAUGUGAUGGGAAUAAUCUAUGCAGAUAUGUUGUGUGCCUCUAGCAUUAUCUCUGUCAGCCACUCUAGCUUAUCUAAUCGUGGCAAUUACAGACUCAUUGCAUCAGCUAUUACAGAGAUUUACGAAGCUUGUGAUUUAGAUUCUGUGCAUCGUUGACUUUAAUGGGACCAGCUUAUUUUCUUAGAAAUAGUGCAAUAUACUGAAAGAGGCCAAAGAAGACUUUGUAAAUUAUAUUGCCUGCAGUAUAUUCUUAAACUGAGCUUUAAUCUGAUAAGUAGGAAGUGGUUUUUUAUCAAGUAUUUUGUUGCCUUCCUUUAGAUUUUGAGAGAGGUUUUUGACACUUGUGUUGUAGAGCAGCAUUGUGUUUAUUGUUGUGUUCUGUAUAUGUACAAAUAAAUCUUCCAAAGCCA